GUGUAAACGAUCUCUACUCUGUACUGUAACUAUUGUUUUGAAACAAUUUAUCGGCGUUUAUUACGUAAAUAAAUAAAUAAAUUACAGCAAGAUGAGUUCGUACAUGACAAUCGAACUCCCAUUAACAUCUUUAAAACGGUAGAAAACGUUAAUCAAUCACUAAAAUCGCGAUGUAAUCAGAUUUAUAAAACACUCAAAACAAAACAAAUUUUAAAUUAAUUUCUAAUAUGUUACCAGUUUUGAUGUACAAUAACAUGGAGGGCUGUUCGAAUAACGUGAAUGAGCAUAAUACUAAUUACGGGCAAAUAUACGACGAGAAUGUAAUAUUAAAUAGUGUUAGAAGUAGAAAAAAAGUUAGUGAAUUACCGAAUUGUCCGGUGUGUAGUUGUACCGUGCGUCAAGGUGAAUUGGAACAUCAUUUAGAUUUGGAAUUAGCUAGGCUCAACAAACUCACCGGCAGUGCUUCGAAAAGGAAAUUAAGUGUAAAUAGUGUUAGUAACAAUGUUAAUGCAGCUGUUCCCGGAUCCAGUACAAACGUAGAACUUGAUGAAGGUAUCGAUGUCACAGGGUGUCCCGGCAGCGAUGUUUACCAGGAUUUCAAUAUUUAUCUGCAGCGAGUACACGCGAACCGCCUCCGCCGUCUCCGGGCUCGUCGGAGAAGCACUCCUCCCCCACAGAACGGAGAGUGUCCUGUUUGCAAUACAACCUUACCAACCUCCAAACUACAGAGGCACGCCUUGAGGUGCCUCAAGAGAACAGGAGCAGAGAUGGAUGAAGACAUACCUGAUACCAGCUCGGAGGAGGGCAGCAUCGAUGUAGAAAAUGACGAACCUUCAGCCAGCGGGUUUGGUGCUGAAUACCAGUGGUGUGGUGAGUGGAGGGUCAGAGCGACGGCUCUGCAGGAUGCGGACUCAAGGGCGGCCACAUGUGUCCGUAGGGCUUCCAAUGAUCAAGCGCUGGUGGUGGAUGGUGAUGAAGACACAGAGCUGUAUGGACCGCCCCAGUAUUCUCCAUCUCGGAUAGCACCCAAUGAUGAACAGCAAACGAACGAAGAUCAGACUGAUAUGCAAACAACCAAUGAAACUGAGACUGAAGAUAGAAUUGAAGAGCCAACUCCCAAAUGCAACGGCUUAGUGGAAGCCAGCGCUGAGACAAGGAUCCAGGCUUUAAAGGCGAAAAUAAAGGAUAUGGAGAAGAAACAGAACGGUGCCGCAGAGUCAAAGUGUCUUAUAUGUCUCGGGUCAUACGUGUCUCCGGCCGUCUCGAUACAGUGCUGGCAUGUCUACUGUGAGGUCUGCUGGCUGGAGUCGUUGAAAGCCAAGAAGAUAUGUCCGCAGUGCAACGCCAUCACCACCGCCCAGCAUCUGAGAAGGAUAUACAUGUGAACUGAGCUGCGACGGAUGACCUGGGACUGCUUAGAAGAGACAGAAGGCUUUCUUCGAAGGGCUCUUCAGGUCUACUGUGUCCGUGACUGAUCUGGUGAGACAGUGGUGCUGUAUUUGACGACUUGCAGAGCUGAGGGUCGUGGUUUUGAUUCCUACAUCGGGCAAACGCUUCAAUGAUGAACAAACUUUGUUUUUGUUGCUGGUCUCUGUGUUCCUAACGUAUCUAUUACCUAGUCUGAGAUCAGAUGACUGAGUGAUUUGUAGUCUCCUUCGGUUACAAGUCCAUACAGACAGGUGUAUUGUGUGUCUUCGAUGAAUGAUGUUUAGUGCAGUGCCCUGAGCCUUUGAGGUCGGCAUGUCGGGCAGGAG